AUGAGUGAAGACAACAGUCUACAACGAGCCCAUCAACUGAGUGCCCAGGCGUCCGUGCUUAUCCGGCCACCAGAUGCCAACGCGGCGACACUUGGACGUGCACUAGCGGCCUAUAACGCGGCUGCCGACCUCUUCGAGAAGGCCGGUACAGCUACAGACGCCUCUAACCGAGGAACUCUUCGUAUGCUCACGGUUCAACACCGCAAGCUCGCACGAGACCUCGAGAGACGUAUCUCCAACGUCGGUUCCGCUUCAGCGCCGCCGUCCCCCCUCACCGCAAAUACCGACCUGCACGGCAGUUCCGUACCACGGAGAGCAUCCACAUCGUCACGGGCGACAGCGACUCCAUCGCCAACCCAUGCCGCCGGUGGAUCCAGUAGCCUUGGUCCUCGCCCGCUUACUCCACGUCGCUCGUCCGCUAGCGCCGGUGUCACCCACAAUGCCGGUCACGGUGCGGCGCUUGGAUCUGGAUUUGCUGUGCAUCCGGCGAACGCGCGUUCUGUGCCGCCCUUCUCGCUACGACCAGUCGGCGAUGACGGCUCCGCCUCGGCAGGCACCAGUGGUGUCCCGGCGCCGUUUGUGUCACCCGGCAGCCCGUACGACCUACAUUCCAGCUCAUCGAGCAGCGACCAGCCAGACGAGUCCUUCCUUCUUCCUGGGGCAAUUCCAGAAUCGAGUGAUCCAUUCUCACGGUUCUGGGGCAUGCUCGAGAACAUGUUGGAGGAGAUUAGCAUGCCAAAGGCGCUCACUACGGCUCCGCUAGAUGUGCCGCCUUUGCCCGCCGGACCGAACCGUGCGCAUCGUGCCAAGCACAAGACCAACAAACGGAGCCCGUCACCUUCAGAGUCGUUCUAUGUUGUACCCCGCGACCACAACCGAAAUGCGGCCCCCGAACUGACGGGUAUUGGGCCGGCCCGCAAGUCAUCUCCGUCUGUCAAAACCAAUGAAGAGUUGCAGUUGGAAAACGAAUCGCUGCGCGCUUCCCUUGACGCCUUGGCUGUGCAUGCUCACAAGCUCGAUCUGGCCAACCGUGCCUUCAAGGAGCGAGACCAGGAGCGAGACAUGCUCGUUCGAUCAGUUGUGACUGGGGUUCGCAGAGAAGCUCAAAGGGCGCGACAUGAUCAGGAGGUCCAGCGGUCGCAAAUGCUGGCUUCGAUCGCAGAGGGACCUGGCCAGCCUCCCAGCCAACCUGUUGCAGCACUGCGGACUAGAAUUGUGGAACUUGAAGAAGAGGUCAAGCAGGUUAAGGGGGAGAACGACAAGCUCCGCACGCAGCUCGACAAGUUCAAAGAAAAGUGGGACAAACUCAAAGCCAAGAAGGAGGCCAAAGUCGCGGCGGCAAAGCUGGUGCGGACUUCACGCAGCCCAGAGCCAGGGACAUGA